UUGUUGCUCGGCUUCCACCCGGAACAAAUUGUGACUCGGACACAUUUCUGGUGGGAACAUUUAUCAGGAACACGCGAGUCGGCCGUUGACCGACUCUCAUUCCCCAGACAUGCCGAAGUUUUACUGCGACUACUGUGACACCUACCUUACACAUGACUCGCCUUCGGUGAGGAAGACCCACUGCAGUGGCAGAAAACACAAAGAAAAUGUGAAAGAUUACUACCAGAAAUGGAUGGAGGAACAGGCCCAGAGCCUGAUCGAUAAAACAACGGCUGCUUUUCAACAGGGAAAAAUCCCCCCCACGCCAUUUGUUGGUGCCCCCCCACCAGGUGGUCCUCCACGUCCAGGCAUGCUGCCAACUCCGCCCAUGGCCGGCCCUCCUAUGAUGCCCAUGAUGGGACCACCGCCUCACGGAAUGAUGCCAGGCGGCCCCGGAAUGCGUCCGCCAAUGGGAGGGCCCAUGCAGAUGAUGCCAGGACCGCCUCACAUGAUGCGGCACCCCCGGCCCAUGAUGAUGCCAGUCAGGCCGGGCAUGAUGAGACCAGACAGAUAAGGCUGACGUGUAGUAGUUGUUGUUGUCGCCACAAGAGGGUGCGGCAGAAUGAAGUGUGACCAACUUAUGAUUUAUAUCCUAUGUAGUUGCUCUCAUUCUGCAGACACGCCCAUCACAGCAUAUUUGACUUUGUUUUCUGACCGUGUUUUUACCCUUCUUAGAUUUUUUUCACAUGACAUUGCUUUGAGAAAUAAAGCAAUCAUUUACA